AUGACAGAUUGGAUUUCAUCAUUUCCACUUACACAGCACGCCGCAAAGUUUGCGAAAGAGCAGAUAUGUAAGGUGAUAAGCACAGGACCAGUGCCGAGGCAUAUUGGAUUUAUAAUGGAUGGAAAUCGACGGUACGCAAGAAAAAACAAGAUGGAACUAAAAGAAGGACAUAGCGCAGGUUUUGACAGCAUGGCAAAAAUUUUGGAAACAUGCUAUGACUGCGGUGUUGAAGCAGUAACAGUGUUUGCAUUUUCAAUAGAGAACUUUAGCAGAAGCAGGUAUGAAGUUAAAUGGCUUAUGGAUCUUGGAAAGGCCAAAUUCAAGCAGGUGAUUGGAAACGGAGAAUUGUGUGAAAAAUAUGGAAUACGAAUAAGAAUUUUAGGCAAUACGAGCUUGCUUCCAAAAGAUCUUCGGGAGGUUUUGAAGAAUGCAGAGGAGAUGACAAAGAAUAACAAAAGAGCGAUAUUGAACGUUUGCUGGCCAUAUACAUCUCGCGAUGAUAUGACAAAUGCCAUCAGAAAGAUUGUGGCGAGCGGAUGUAGCUCGGAAAGAAUCACUGAGGAUACGAUAAGCAACAAUUUAUACAGUGGUGGCUUGUCUAGAAUGGAUUUGUUAAUAAGAACAUCGGGCGUGUACAGAUUAAGCGAUUUCAUGCUUUGGGAAUGCGUUCAUCCGGAUUGUGAAAUUGAGAUUGUUUCUGUACUGUGGCCGGAAUUUUCACCUACAAAGAUGGUUUGGAUACUUCUUAAAUGGGGAUUUUACCGAACGUAUUAUGGCCAUAGGAUGGCAAAGUUGAUAAACAUAGAUUCAGAGCAUGCAAAGGAGAGUUGA